AUGGUGCAGAUCGUGCAACACCAUGGAUCCGAGCAAAAUGCUGGGACACCCAAGAUCGGCUCGCUGUGCUUCCAGUACUCCAAGGCCGUCAAGGACGCGAAAGACGAUAUCGAGCGCGUGCAGAGAAAAGUUGACGAUAUCGAGCGUAUCCAAAAAGACAUUAAGAAGCUAUUAGAGGGACCGCAUAAAGCACGGUUCUCCACUACUUAUCGCCUAUUCGACUCGUUAAGCCAAUGUCUUCAGGAGCUCAAAGACCUGAAGGUAAAAUUGGAUCCAGGGAAGACUCGCAAGACCAUGAGCCGGUUUGGCGUGCGAGCUCUACAAUGGCCGUUCACUAGCAAGCAGGUGGACAAGAUCGUUUCAAACUUAGAAGGGUAUAAGCAGACCUUUAGUUUGGCGCUCCAGGUUGAUCAGACGGAUUUAAUGCUUGACGUUGACCAGAAGCUAGACCUGGUAACUCUAGAUGCCCACAGUCUUCAUCGAAAGCUAGACCUGGCCAGACUACCCAUUGCCCAAGGCGCAUGCUACAACUCCCGCAACGAAGAGCACAACGCACGAUGCCUUCCGAACACACGUACUAAGCUGCUAGACGACAUCACAACAUAG